GAGAAAGUGCGGUGUGAGAGAGUGAUCCCAACGCUGAACCUGUUGUUUUCAUAACACCGUUCACUGGCUAAUUUCGGCUGGAAAAAAUUGCUAUUCCUGCUAAAAACACUACGAAAGCAACCACCAAGAUGGGUCUUUUGUCGCUGCUCAGAAAGUUGCGUUCGGCUCCCGAGAAAGAGCUGAGAAUAUUGUUACUAGGACUAGAUAACGCUGGAAAAACUACCCUUUUGAAACAGUUGGCUUCCGAGGAGGUUACACAGGUCACACCUACAGCAGGAUUCAACAUUAAAUCCGUCGUCUCGGAUGGCUUCAAGCUCAACGUGUGGGAUAUCGGCGGUCAGAGCAAGAUUCGCCCAUAUUGGAAGAACUAUUUCGAGAACACCGAUGUUCUGAUUUACGUGAUAGACUCCAGUGAUCGCAAGCGCUUGGAGGAAACCGGCGACGAGCUGGCGGAACUUCUGCUGGACGAUAAAUUAAAGCGCGUCCCACUGUUAGUGUUUGCCAACAAGCAAGACAUCGCAGGUGCCCUGAAGGCGUCCGAGAUAGCCGAGUGCCUUAAGCUUGUCAAGUUGAAAGAUCGUACCUGGCAGAUUCAGGCUUGUUCAGCUCUGGAAGGAACGGGGGUGAAGGUAUGUUUCCACCAUUUUUCUUCCAUUAUUUUCGGUCCGCACACCGUGUGGUGGAUAAUUGAAUAAUUCGAUUAACAACUUACAUGUCUUGCCUUACCAACAGGAGGGAAUGGAUUGGGUUUGUAAAAGUAUUAAGAAAUGAACAAAUUGAUUUUAAUUUUCUCUUAGGAUCGUCUCGGUGUCUGUUUCAACCUCUCAUCCCCUGCGCAUUGAAUGUUUUAGCGUAAUUUUUUUUGGUGCCCACAAUAUUUACUUGAUGAGUUCUAAAUCUGGAACAAAUCCGUCCAACAGAUUAAAAUACGAGAAAGCCUUCACAAACGAAACGAGUACAAUAAAGUAACAAAUCUUGAUUGAAUGGA